AUGUCAUAUGCAGCUUCAUCCUUACGGCCUCGUCAGAUGUCCAAUGCUGCCAAUGCUCAUCGUGCUAGUUCUUAUUCCACUUUACUCGCACCCGGCCGAGCGUCUUCUCAAUAUCCUUCCCAUUCCCGACAUGCAUCAGGAUACUACGCCACAUAUCCCAUCGCCACUCCCUCCUCUAUGUCCCACGAUGCAUCCCCUCCUAUGCCACCGUCUUUAGCCUCUCCGGACGCAUCUCCACCUCUCCCUUCGUCCGCAGGGACCAUCCAGGCAGAUAUGAAACCGAAUCUUUCACCUAUCAACACUCGAUUAGAUCGGGGCACUUCAAUAGGCUCUGGGGAACAUCUGGCUCAUCAACCUCGACAUAAAUCAUCCGUGGAUCGGUUACGAAAUGACGCUCUUUUCGGACCAGGAUCCGAUCGAGCUCCUUCACCCGCUUCGGCACAUUCACGAGGUGGUUCUGACCUUGGCGAACCAUCGUCUAGAAACACAUCACCUCAUCCUUCCACUCACGCCUUCCCAUCUCCUAGUGGUAUGCCUCGACAAUCCUUUGCCUCCAAUCUCUCUCCCUCUCACAGACCGUUGUCAAUGGCAUCACUAGGUUCUUCAAGAUAUCUACACGUAGGACCAGCAGGUGGUGCGCCUCAUCAAGGUCGACCUAUACAGUUGGAAAUGCCCAGACCACUGGGAGCGCGACCUGACGCCUCGGGCGAUUUCUUCCAUCAAAUGCAGAUGCCAAAAAUCUUGGAUGGGUUCAAUUUAUCGUUUGAGGAGAGACAGCGGCAGAAUAGUAAUCGGCGGAGGGGUUAUGAUCUUGAUUCUGGACCUCCAUUCCCUGACAAUCAUUCCCGCGUCCCCUCCUCCCAAUCAUCAUCUUCCAACGCAAAUUCUCGGUCCGGCGAUGAAGUCCCUCCUGUCCCUCCUGUGCCCCCACCUCCUCGAGCUGUAGUAAGAGAAAAACCAGCAGACCCGGCGACAGUCUUGGGUAGAUAAUGUUGUCCGAUGGAGAUGAAAUUGAGGAUGGAGAUGUCAUGAGAUUUGUUGAGAAGGUCAGAAGUAAAGACACACGCAGUGAAUGUAGACAUCAAAUACAAAAGGGACACUUUUGCAUGAACGUGAACGAUAG